GGCAAGGCAAAGAUGCAGCGUCUCAUCUGCCCAAGAUAAGAUAUCAGCUGAUGACAUUACUGAGUACUCGGAAAAUACAGUUGCAUGGACGUCCUCGUCAAUUUAUACUUCCUAUUUGGCGGAGUAUUAUGGAUGUAUGGAUGUAAACAUUGAUUUGACAGCACCCAACAACUCUGCUACAACGAAAUUAAACGGUUAUUUUUUAAAUAGUAUGCCUGCAAUAAGGAAUACAAAUGUGUUUGAAUGUGCGUAUCAUUGCACACCAAAUGGAUUUUUUUUUGCUUUUAUUGGGUAUAUUUGCAAGUGUAUCGAUGUUAAAGUAUUAAAACUAUCACCAGAGAAUACAACGAGCUGUCUUUCCGGAUCAAGUGAUGUACGACAUAACAAACAUGCUGUGUUUUCGAAAUCAGAUCGUGGACUUCCAAUUUUUAGGUUGAAAAGAGGAAAAGAUUUGCAUAUCAGGCACAUUUCACGAAUUAUGAAUGCUAGUAAAACUGAUUAUUGCGUUGUGAGAGACAAUGGCGCCUUCAAACUUACUGAGUGUAAAUUGGAAAGGCAUUAUUUCUGUGAAGAAGAAAGUAAGUAG